GUUAUAACAUCUCAGGAGAAGGAGUUAACCAUAAAGAAGUCGGACGGGGAGACGACCACGGCUACAGUGAGGAUCUGGAACGAGACGGUCUCUAACCUCACUCUCAUGGCUCUGGGGUCAUCCGCCCCCGAGAUAUUGCUCUCUGUUAUAGAGGUAACACACACACAUACACACACACACCUGAGAUACUGCUCUCUGUUAUAGAGGUGUGAUGUAUGUCUGGAUACAUGAAUCAAACAUUCUUUAUUAAAGUAACUGGUCACUCACUCACUUGCAGCAUACUGUACGAUGUAUCAACUUGACCUGAUGCUGAAGAAAAGCGAAGCAGAACAGAGAAAUUAACAGUUCUUACUUUAUCUUUAACCUAAUUGGGAUCCCCAUUAAUUGACACCAUGACGACAGCUUAUCUUCCCGGGGUCCAUUCUCAUUUAUUGAGCUCAUCAAUAAAGUGUAUCCAAUAAUCACAUGAUGUGAACACAUGAAACUAUUUACUUUCAUAGUUUAUUGGCACAGUUUGCCCCCAGAUACACUUCUAGUCUCUUAAUCCUUGUUCACACCCCUCUCUAUCCUGCUCUCUGUCUCGCCCUCUCUCCUUCAGGUCUGUGGCCAUGGCUUCGAGGCAGGCUCUCUGGGCCCCUCCACCAUUGUGGGCAGCGCAGCCUUCAACAUGUUCGUCAUCAUAGCCCUGUGUGUCUACGUGGUCCCUGAUGGAGAGACCAGGAAGAUUAAACACCUGCGUGUUUUCUUCGUGACUGCGGCGUGGAGUGUGUUCGCAUACAUCUGGCUCUACCUCAUCCUGUCUGUGUUCUCUCCAGGAGAGGUGGAAGUCUGGGAGGCCGUGAUCACCUUUCUGUUCUUCCCCCUGUGAGUAGGAUACACACACAUGCACGUGUUGGCACACGCACAUGCAUGCAUGCAUACACACACACACACACACACACACACACACACACACACACACACACACACACACACACACACACACACACACACACACACACACACACACACACACACACACACACACACACACUCACACACACUCAUCUCUCUCUCUCUCUCUCUCGCUCUCUCUCUCCCCUCUCUCAGGUGCGUGGUUCAGGCAUGGGUAGCCGAUCGACGACUCCUCUUCUACAAGUACGUCCGCAAGCGUUACCGCGCCGACAAGCACCGAGGCAUCAUCAUUGAGACGGAGGGAGGGAUGGAUGGAGGGAUGGGAAGACGAGGAGGGGUGUUGGGGCCAGGAGGGUUCACUAAGACAGACAUGAUGGAGCUGGAUGGACAGGCGGUGGAUGAACGGAUGGAUGGAGAAAUUAUAGAGGAUGGAGGACUGGGAGGAACGAGGGAUCUGGAGGACGUGGCGAGGAGAGAUAUGGCGAGGACGCUGAAGGAGCUGAAAGCAAGACAUCCUGAUAAAGACACAGAGCAGCUCAUAGAGAUGGCCAACUACCAGGUAACCAGCUUAUAAAGGCUUCAUAGAGCAUUCAUGGAGACUUCAUAAGCACAACAUAGCUGCUUUACGCUUUACAUUGACAUUUUAGAUAUUGUGUAAUUAUUGGGUCCCAAUAUAAAUGAACAACAAUUUAUAAAAUCUUUAUAGAGUAUUCAUAUGGACUUCAUAAGCACUAAAUAGAUGCUUCACAUAUAAUUUAUUAACAGAGUCUGGACUAAAUCCUUUAUUAUCUCUCCUGUCAGGUGUUGGUCCAGCAACAGAAGAGCCGAGCGUUCUACCGUAUACAGGCAACCAGGAUGAUGAUUGGAGCAGGGAACAUUCUGAAGAAGCAUGCUGCAGACCAGGCUAGGAAGGUACGGACUGUCCAUUGCACCUAUUCUCAAACCAAUGUUGUACCAAACUUUUUCUUUGAUUUUUCAUUCUGCUGAUCACAUCUGAAUUUUGAACUUGCACCCAAAUGCUCAGUUAUCAAUUUAUCAAUGGAAUAGUCAAAAUCAGAAACAUGUUAUCCAUCGAUCAAACUCUCUACAUCACUCUCCUUCAGGUGGUGAGCUCCCACGAGCCCCACCCCCAGGAGGAUAACCCCCACACGACCCGGAUGGAGUUUGAACCCUCUCACUACCAGUGCUUCGAGAACUGUGGAUCUCUCAAACUGACCGUGGCCCGACAUGGGGGAGACCCAGGAGCUUCUGUUAUGGUAGGGGAAGGAGAGGGUGAGGAGUAG